AAUAGGGACACGGUUUGGGGGGGGCGGGGCCGGCGCGGCGCCGUUACCGAGCGGGGGCGCCGCCAUCAUGAGCGGCUUCGCGGGUUAUGGAGACUGGAACUCGGGGACGAGCAGAGGUUACGAGGGUUACGGUUACGGCUAUGGAUACGGGCAGGAUAACUCGGGGAAUUAUGGCUACGGUAUGGCUGCUUCAAACUCUUGGGAAAUGGCCAACUCGGACAUGGAUAUGAACCCCGAUGGCUCAGGCGGUGACGCUGUCAUUGCCAAAAUGAACCAGCGGUUGGACAUGAUGUCACACAUGGACACGGAUACCAUGCAGGGAGGACACUACGGAUCCGGUGGAGACAGAUACGACUCCUACGAAUCCUACGACUCUCGGUCUUCCAUGAACGAUCGUGACCUUUACCGCUCCGGCUACGACUACAGCGAGUCCGAACAUGACGAGAACACCUACGAAGGUCACUAUGACAACUUCUAUGACAACCGCCGGGAUCACUACCAGAACAGAGCUCGGGAUAACUUUGGCCAACGAGGCCAGAACUGGGGGAGAGACGGACGCAAUAACAGAUCGUACCCCGGGCGCGUGGGCGGGCAGUGGAACGAGCCGCCGCCGUCGAUGGGAUCGCGAGGCUUUGGCCACCACGGCUCCUCCAGGCUCCCUUCCCUCUUCUCCCACAACAUUAUCCCAGAACACGGCAUGUUCCAGGGAAUGCGAGGUUUCUCGGGAAAUAUGCGCUACGGAGGAGGAAUGAUGAAACAGCGGAUGAGGAGAAACUGGAAAACGUGGGAUUCGGAUUUUAAACCCCAGAAAAAGAAACUCAAAAAAGAUCCUAUCGUGAAGAAGCGGAAGCAGACAAACAGCUCCGAUGAACCUGACAGCAAAGCGGCCAAGACGGAUGGCUCGGAUAACUCCGAUUCCGACAACGAGGAGGGAACGGAAGGAGAAUCGGGAGAAAAAGAGGAAAGAGAGGGCUCCAGAGGGGAAGGGGAAGACGAUGAAGGGAAAGACUCAGAGAAAGGAGCGUUGACCAUCCAGGAGGAGAUCAGCCAGAUCAAACGCAAACUGCAAGUGGGGAAGAAAACGCAGGAGAGGCAGAAGAAGAGGCAUCGGGAUCGCAUGGUAGAGAGGAUCCAGUUUGUUUGUUCGUUAUGCAAAUACCGAACCUUCUACGAUGACGAGAUGAACAAUCAUCUGGAGAGUAAAUUCCAUAAGGAACACUUCAAGUUUGUCGGAACGAAGCUGCCUCAGCAGACAGCCGACUUCCUCCAGGAAUACGUUGCUAAUAAAACCAGGAAAACGGAAGAGCGUCGGAAAGGGGUUGAGGACAUCAACGCGGUCAUUCAGCAGAUCUACAGGGACCAAGAUCUGACGCAAGACAUCGGGAUGGAGCAUUUCAUUAAGAAGGUGGAGGCUGCCCACUGCGCCGCCUGUGACCUCUUCAUCCCGAUGCAGUAUGGGAUCAUCCAGAAGCACCUGAAGUCACUGGACCACAACCACAACCGCCGGGCAAUGAUGGAACAAUCCAAGAAGUCGUCGCUGGUUGUGGCGAGGAGCAUCCUUAACAACAAACUCAUCAGCAAGAAGCUGGAGCGGUACCUGAAGGGUGAGAAUCCCUUCACGGAUGAUCCAGAAGAAAAAGAGGAGCAUGAGGAAGGAGAAGGGGGAGCCGGUGGAAACGUAGAGGAGGGAGCAGCAGAGGAAAACAAGGAUGAGGAGGAAAAUCCAGAAGAGGAAAACCCAGAGGAAGAAAACGUGGAAGAGGAAAAUAAGGAGCCCGAAGAGAACCUGGGAUCGGAAGGAGCUGAAAAUGAGGAGGAGCGAGGAGAAGCAGGGACAGAGGCGGGAGCUGAGGUGCAGCCCCAAAUGGAGGUGGAAGAGCAGCGUUGCCGGCGUGCCGAGCAGUCUCUCCGCGAGGAAGAGGAGCAGCAGCCAGCAGAAGGCCUGGAGGUAGGAGACGAGGAAGAAGAAAAAAGCUUGGAAGCUGCUGCGGCCCAAGAGGAUGAGGAUGUGGAGUAAAGUCUGCUGGAGGAAGGACUUGGAUGAGUUUGGGGUGGUUUCUAAGGAACUUUGCCCGCGUGUGGAGCUCUCGUUCCCUCAACUCGCCCCGGCCAGGGAAGUUACCCCUGGAAGGGGAAUUUGGGGAAAGAGCCGUUUGGUUUUGUUUUUUUUUAACGGAAUCCUCGUCGUAGUCUAGGUUUUGUUCGGUCGCUGUUCUUUAGAUGGCUUUGUCCCAGGGGAUUUUCCUUUUGGAGCGUGUGCUCGAAGCAGUGCAGCUCCACCUGCGGGCAGACGGAACCUCCUCUUCCCUGCAAUUGGAAUUUCUCUCUAUUUAACUGCCACGAUGGCUCCCCCGCGUCCGUCCGGCAACGCCAGCAAUCCGGUGUUGGGGGGGUGGGGGGGGGUUUCAUUCCUGCUGUGAAGGUUCCACCCGGUUCCCACCUGACUGUAACAUUCCCCGGAUAUUUUAUUCUUCCUUUUAACUCGGAGUGGUGUCAGCGUUGUGUCGUUUGUAAAAUGUUUUUUUGGUUUCAAGGUGUUUGAUGGGUGGAGAUAAAAGGACCGGGAUGAUCCCUGACUCCGCCUCAGUUUUUGGUGACCUGCUGAGCUUGCGAGAGGCGUGGGAGGAACCACUUUGUGAUCCCAAUGUUUCCGCUCUCCGGUUUAUUUAGGUUCGGUGCCUCUUCCUGCUCUUCGGCGGGAUGGAGCCAACUUCCUCGCCUUCAUUAGCAGGGAAUGCUUAAUUGAAGCCGUCAUCGCCUUGAGAAUGGAUUCUCCUUCCUGAAAUGAGGGAGGGAGAUGGAGUUCAACCUCUACGGUGUCUUCCUGCUACGAUGAGGAGCUUUCCUGCUGGAUGGGUUGAUGGGCAAAGGCGUGUUUGGCCUUGAAGCGCCUGCUUGAUGCCAAAUCCAGUCUGGAAAACUCCGACUCGGUGUCUUUUAUACAGGAGAAACAGGAGAUUUAGGUGUUGACGUGAAGAAAAAGAACGCUCCUGCCCUCAGUCCUGUUCCUCCAGCACAGGUUCCUGCUCGCUGCGCCCAUCGGAUGCUUCUUUGAGCUCCUGGAAUUGGGAGCUGGACGAGCCGAGCUCAGCGAGACGGAACGGAACAUUCCACCUUCUCUGUGUUAGGGGGAGAUUUAUCACCCAGAAAAACCCAAUUCCCACACUGUUGAUCCUUCCAGAGCGGUGAACCUCUCUCCUGCAGGUGGACACUUCAAACCAGUCCUGGAAGGUUCUUUGCUAAUCGUAAUUACCAGCUUGAAUCACUAAUUAGCUCGUCAGCGCUGUAACGAAUCUUGUGUGGCCACGGCUUCUUCCCAAAGUCAAUCCUGCGCGCUGUAGGUGGUGAGGGAGUUGCGUCCCACCUCGUAGAUGGGUUUAUUAAUGGGGUGUGGACUCGUUUUGGGGGAGUUUGGUGUCUCCAGAUCCCAAAUCUUGGUGAGUUUUAGCAGUGUAAAUCCCAUUAGCGCUGUGGGAACACAUUUUCCCUCUUGAUUUCUCAAGGGUGGUGGAUCCAGCCUUGCUGGACUUGAAGGAUUAUCCUGGUCCUUGCAAGAAGUAGGUUCAGGUAGAACCAAGACAACGCCAAUCCUUCAUCUUUGAGGUAAUUUAUAGCCAUUUCUUUCAUAAUUUUUGGAAUAAAAGCAUUUCCAUUACCUGUUUUGUGCUUCAGGUAAUAAAGGAAUGAAGGGAUGGACUGUAGGAGGAGAAGCAGGACCAGGAGCGAGGGAGGUGAUUCUGCCCCUCUGGAGAGACCAAACCUGGAUUCUGAGUCCAGUUCUGGAGGCCUCAGCCCAGCGAGGACACGGAGCUGCUGGA